GGCAUGUAAUUAAACACGUACACCCAGUGGUGGACUAGAAGCGUGCCCAUUGUUCGUCCCCAGUAACAAUAAACCAGACUUGGUCUGAAUUGUGAUUCUUUUGUUUCUUCUUUUGAAAAAAAAGCGUUUAAUGGCGAAUUCGUUGUUUCUCCCAAACCACAGUUUCAUAGCUCCCCCUCGCCUCUCUGCUUCCUUGUCCUCAAAAUCCUCCAAACCCCUACCUCUUCCCCGUCUAGGGUUUUCUCUCAACAACUCUUCCUCUAUUAUUAGUCAGAGCAGCAGCAGCAGCAGCAGAAGCGGAAGCAUAAGCAGAAGCAGGCGUGCCUCUUCCUUCAAAUCUCAUCUAGCUCCCCGAGACUCCGUUCCCCCAACGAAUGCCAAAGAGGAUCGUACUCAGAGUAAUGUAGAAGCUUCGGAAAGUGGAGCAGAUCAACACCAUUUGCCCCGUUUGGGGACCCUCCUUCAAGUUUACAAGGAAGCUAUAUUUAACGGAGAUAAAGAAACUGUAUCAGAAGUUGAGGCCAAGAUAGCAAUACUUGAAAAUGAGAAGAAUAAAUUAGUCAAGAAAGUAUCUUCCUCGUCAGCAGAGAUAACAUCUGGGAAGGAGAAAUUUAUCCGCUUGCAAGCAGAUUUUGAUAAUUGUAGAAAAAGAUUUGAGAAGGAGAGACUUAGGGUAAGGACGGAUGCCCAAGGAGAAGUUAUUGAGAGUCUUUUGACCAUGGUUGACAAUUUUGAGAGAGCCAAACAAUACAUUAAACCCGAGACUGACAAGGAAAAAAAGAUUGAUGCAAGUUACCAAGGUAUAUACAAGCAAUUGGUGGAGACUAUGAAGAGCUUGCAUGUGGCUGUCGUGCCAACUGUGGGAAAGUCUUUUGAUCCUUCGCUACAUGAAGCUGUGGCACGUGAAGAGUCUCAAGAAUUCAAGGAAGGGAUUAUAAUUCAGGAAAUCCGCCGUGGCUUUUUACUUGAAGGUCGGCUUCUAAGACCAGCAAUGGUUAAAGUCUCAACAGGGCCUGGCAGUAAGAAAGCCCCCGUGGCCACUGAGAAAUCAUCUGGGUUGCCAGCAACAGCUGCCGGGGUGGAGAAAUGAUAAGUUUUCUACCUGAACCUUUAUUAGAUGUAAGGACAUAUCUGCUUUCAUCAGUCAAUCGGGCAUUUCUUACAUAUGGCUUCUGUUGUUCGCAAGUUUCCAAGGUAUAAAAAUUCACUUUCAAUUGUGACACGCACAUGGGGAUACUAUACUUUUGUUUAACAAGAAAGCAGACUCAUUAUUUGUAAUUCUGAGAAUGUUCAUGUUAUGACCCACCUGGUUCUUUAUAAGAAAAGGAAAGUGCAGCUCAUUGAGUUGAUGAUCAUGACUGUAUACGCCCACACAUGGAUUGUUUAUGUGUUAAAUUUCCUGAUUGUGACAAUAUUAUAAGUUAUAAAUUCAUUUGCAAAUCCAUAUAUUUAA